GAGGAGAGGCCAGAUAUCUGGCUACAACCUGACUCAGCUUUGAGAACUUCAGUUUGGAAAAUCCAGUGAUAUGAGUAACUGUUAGUCUCUGCCUUUGCCUGUGAUGCAAGCCUGUUCAGUCCAUCUGAGACCACAUCCUUCCUGUCCCUGCUGAGCUGUGACUUCUAUAAAUUCAUCUAGUUUCCUCUUUGGCUGUUCCUGAGGCAGGCUUCUGGGACACCUUUCUUCCAUGGCUCAGGACACACUCCUGGGGACAGCCAAUAGGAAGACUUUUUGUGUGGACCUAUGCCCUGGGACUCUGACUAGGGCUGCACAUGAGCAUGGCAAGCGUCCGCUGCAAGCUGGCUCGUUACCUGGAGGACCUAGAAGAUGUAGAUUUUAAGAAAUUCAAGAUGCACUUAGAAGACUAUCCUUCUCAGAAGGGCUGCAUCUCUCUCCCUCGGGGCCAGACAGAAAAAGCAGAUCAUGUGGAUCUAGCCACUCUGAUGAUAGAUUUCAAUGGAGAGGAGAAGGCAUGGGCCAUGGCCACAUGGAUUUUUGCUGCGAUCAACAGGAGAGACCUUUAUGAGAAAGCUAAGAGGGAUGAGCCAGAAUGGGACAAUGCAAAUCUUUCUGUGAUAAGCCAGGAAGAAAGCCUUGAAGAGGAAUGGAUGGGUUUACUGGGGUACCUUUCCAGAAUCUCUAUUUGUAAAAAAAAGAAAGAUUAUUGUAAGAAAUACAGAAAGCACGUGAGAAGCAGAUUCCAGUGCAUCAAAGACAGGAAUGCACGUCUGGGUGAGAGUGUGAACCUCAACAAACGCUUCACCAGGCUGCGUCUCAUCAAGGAACACCGGAGUCAGCAGGAGAGGGAGCAUGAGCUCCUUGCCAUUGGCAGGACCUCAGCCAAGAUGCAAGAUAGCCCCGUGAGUUCCCUGAACUUGGAAUUGCUGUUUGAUCCUGAGGACCAACACUCUGAGCCUGUGCACACGGUAGUAUUCCAGGGAGCAGCAGGCAUUGGGAAAACAAUACUGGCCAGGAAGAUCAUGUUGGACUGGGCAUCAGAGAAACUUUACCAGGAAAAAUUUGACUAUUUGUUUUACAUUCACUGUCGGGAGGUGAGCCUAGGAACUCGGAGGAGCCUGGGAGACCUGAUCGCCAGCUGCUGCCCUGGCCCAAAUCCACCCAUAGGCAAGAUUGUGAGCAAGCCUUCCAGGAUCCUCUUCCUCAUGGAUGGCUUUGAUGAGCUGCAAGGUGCCUUUGAUGAGCGCACAGAGACACUCUGCACAAACUGGCAAAAGGUGGAGCGGGGAGACAUUCUCCUGAGCAGCCUCAUCAGAAAAAGACUGCUUCCUGAGGCCUCCCUGCUCAUCACCACAAGACCUGUGGCCCUGGAGAAACUUCAGCACUUGCUGGGCCGGGCUCGUCAUGUGGAGAUUCUGGGUUUCUCAGAGGCCAAGAGGAAGGAAUAUUUCUUUAAGUAUUUUUCAGAUGAGCAGCAAGCAAGGGAAGCCUUCAGGCUGAUUCAGGAGAAUGAGGUCCUGUUCACCAUGUGCUUUAUUCCCCUGGUCUGCUGGAUUGUGUGCACUGGGCUGAAACAGCAGAUGGAUAGCGGCAAGAGUCUUGCCAGGACAUCCAAGACCACCACUGCCGUGUAUAUCUUCUUCCUCUCCACUUUGUUGCAAUCUCAAGAAGGGAGCCAGGACCACCACGUCUCUGCCACCCUCUGGGGUCUCUGCUCACUGGCUGCAGAUGGAAUCUGGAAUCAGAAAAUCCUGUUUGAGGAGUGUGAUCUCAGGAACCAUGGCCUGCAGAAGGCAGAUGUGUCUGCUUUCCUGAGGAUGAACCUAUUCCAAAAGGAAGUAGACUGUGAGAAAUUCUACAGCUUCAUUCACAUGACUUUCCAGGAGUUCUUUGCUGCCAUGUACUAUCUACUGGAAAAGGAGGAUCAGGGGGAGAUGAGGAAUGUGCCACGGAGCUGUUUGAAGCUUCCCAGUCGAGACGUGACAGUUCUUCUUGAAAACUAUGGCAAAUUUGAAAAGGGGUAUCUGAUUUUUGUUGUCCGUUUCCUCUUUGGCCUUGUAAACCAGGAGAGAACGUCCUACUUGGAGAAAAAACUGAGUUGUAAGAUCUCUCAGAAAAUCAGGCUAGAACUGCUGAAAUGGAUUGAAGCGAAAGCCAAGGCCAAGAAGCUACAGAUUGAGCCCAGCCAGCUGGAAUUAUUUUACUGUUUGUAUGAAAUGCAGGAGGAGGACUUUGUGCAAAAGGCCAUGGGCCAUUUCCCUAAAAUUGAGAUCAAUCUCUCCACCAGAAUGGACCAUGUAGUUUCUUCUUUUUGUAUUGAGAACUGUCGCCAUGUGGAAUCACUUUCUCUGAGGUUGCUCCAUAAUUCACCCAAAGAGGAGGAGGAGGAAGAGGAGGUAGAGGAGGAGGAUGUUCAACACUCUGAUGUGGACAAUUGUAUCCUCUCUGAGUCUCAUGUUGCAUAUUCUCAGCGAUUGGUGAACUAUCUCACUUCCAGCUUUUGUAGUGGCAUCUUCUCAGUCCUGAGCAAUAACUGGAAUCUCACUGAAUUGAACCUCAGUGGUAACAGCCUGGGAGACCCAGGGAUGAAGGUGUUAUGUGAAACGCUCCAGCAACCUGGCUGUAACAUUCGAAGAUUAUGGUUGGGACAGUGUUGCCUGUCCCAUCAGUGCUGCUUCAACAUCUCCUCUGUCCUGAGCAACAACCAGAAGUUAGUGGAACUGGAUCUGAGCCACAAUGCCCUGGGAGACUUUGGGAUCAGACUUUUGUGUGUGGGACUGAGGCAUCUAUUCUGCAAGCUAAAGAAGCUCUGGUUGGUCAGUUGCCGUCUCACAUCAGCGUGUUGUGAGGAUCUUGCGUCGGUCCUGAGCAGCAAUCAUUCCCUGACCAGACUCUACUUGGGUGAAAAUGCCCUGGGAGACUCAGGAGUUGGAAUUUUAUGUGAAAAAGCAAAGCAUCCACAAUGUAACCUGCAAAAACUGGGAUUCUGCUGAAGGAUGCUAAUCUCAAUUCCUCAAAGACAACAUUUAUACUCUAGGUCUUCUCAUCUUUUGCCUGGAUGUCUCUAAAUCCUUAACUAGGACAUGGCUUAGUACCUUCACCUCUUUGGAUAUGCUGCCCUAGGUAAAGGUUGGUCUGUUAAUGUUCCUAUUGGAAGGGCAGUGCCCAGACCUGAACCUGAUACCGCUCACAACAUGGGAUGGAAUUUUACCUCCUGUAUGAGGGCACUAUGCUGUCACUGGUUAGGUCUGGGAUUUUCCUUAUACUUUUGGCAAUCACAUCAGAUCAUGAGUUCAAUUGGAAGUCUGCAGUUAAUAAUAGUAUACAAUUCUGGGGGUGUUUUCUAACACCAAUAAUCAAUUCUCUGCAGACGCCAACCGGGUGUCUUACAAGUCAAUUCAGUUUCGACACUAACCACCCAGAGUUAUUAUAGACCUCAAGUUAAGGGCUCAGUCCUACAAGACUGCCUUCUCCCAGCCCCACACCAAUGUCAGAUAUCAAUUGCAAGUAGUGGGUCCCUAGAUUACGCAUACUGCUUUCUGACUUGGCUACAAAUUGGGGAUUCCCAUGAUGCCCUACUCAGGUUUGAAAAUUUGCUAGAAUGACUCAGAAAUCAAGGAAAUAAUUUACUUACAUCUACAUUUAUUAUAAAGGAUAUUAUAAGGAGCACAAAUAAACAACCUGAUGAAGAGACAAAUAGGGUAAUGUUCAGAAGUGUUUGGAGUCCAGGAGCUUCUAGCCCCAUGGAAUUGGGGUGUUCCACCCUCCUGGCAUGUGGAUGCAUUUACCAACACAGGUCUCCAAAUCUCAUUGUUCAAGAGAUUUUUUUUCUUUUACAUUUUAAAAAUUGUGCUUGAUUCACAAUGUUGUGCCAAUUU